GCUCGAAGGCCGGGGCGGGGCGGAGAAGAGGACUGGGUGGGGAAGCUCGGGGCUCCCGGGACGCCGGAGAACUUGGCGGUACGCGGCUCAGGCAGUCAGGGGCGGGGCGGCGCGAAGGAGGUGGGGCGUGCGGAGGCCUGGACGGCGCCCGCAGAGUGCAGUGAGGCCAGCUAAGCUCUGAGUAUCAAGCACGCUCUGCGCCCCGCACCCCACUCCCGCAGCCCCGGAGCCCCCGCCCCGCGCCCACCAUGCCGGAGCAGCUCAGCGUCGCAGAGUUCCUGGCCGUCACCGCCGAGGACCUCAGCUCCCCGGCCGGGGCCGCCGCCUUCGCCGCCAGGAUGUCCCGGUGCCGGGGGGCGGCACUGGCGCGGGAGGAGAUCCUGGAAGGAGACCAGGCCAUCCUGCAGAGGAUAAAGAAGGCUGUGCGGGCCAUCCACAGCUCUGGCCUCGGCCACGUGGAGAACGAGGAGCAGUACCGAGAGGCCGUGGAAUCCUUAGGCAAUAGCCACCUGUCCCAAAACAGUCACGAGCUGUCUACCGGCUUCCUGAACUUGGCCGUGUUCACCCGUGAGGUGGCUGCACUCUUUAAGAACCUGGUUCAGAACUUGAACAACAUCGUCUCCUUCCCGCUGGACAGUCUGUUGAAGGGGCAACUGAGGGACGGGCGGCAGGAUUCCAAAAAACAGCUGGAGAAGGCGUGGAAGGACUUCGAAGCCAAAAUGACCAGGCUGGAGAAGGACAGGGACCGGGCCAGGGCGACAGGAGGGAACCCUGGGGAGGUGGCCCAGGACACACACAGAGAGCGGCGCGUCUUCCAGCUGCACAUGUGCGAGUACCUGCUCAAAGCCGGGGAGAGCCAGAUGAAGCAAGGUCCCGACUUCCUGCAGAGCCUCAUCAAGUUCUUCCACGCCCAGCACAACUUUUUCCAAGAUGGCUGGAAGGCUGCUCAGAGCCUGUCCCCCUUCAUCGAGAAGCUGGCAGCCUCGGUACAUGCACUGCGCCAAGCCCAAGAGGAGGAGCUGCAGAAGCUGACCCAGCUCCGAGACUCCCUCCGAGGGAUGCUGCAGCUUGAGAACAGAGAGGAGAACACGAGCCGGAAGAACUCAGGGUGUGGCUACAGCAUCCACCAGCACCAAGGCAACAAGCAGUUUGGGACGGAGAAGGUGGGCUUUCUAUACAAGAAAAGUGAUGGAAUUCGAAGAGUCUGGCAGAAGAGGAAGUGCGGAGUCAAGUACGGCUGCCUGACCAUCUCACACAGCAUGAUAAACCGGCCCCCGGUGAAGCUGACCCUGCUGACGUGCCAAGUGAGGCCGAACCCCGAGGAGAAAAAGUGCUUCGACCUGGUGACUCACAACAGGACGUACCACUUCCAGGCGGAGGACGAACAUGAGUGUGAGGCGUGGGUGUCAGUGCUGCAAAACAGCAAGGACGAAGCUCUGAGCAGUGCCUUCCUCGGGGAGCCCAGCGGCUGCCCAGGGCCCUGCGGGAGUGCUGGGCUGGACGGGGAGCUCCAGGACCUCACCAAGCUGCUCAUCGCGGAGGUGAAGAACAGGCCUGGGAACGGCCAGUGCUGCGACUGCGGAGCUGCAGACCCCACGUGGCUCAGCACCAACCUGGGCGUGCUCACCUGCAUCCAGUGCUCUGGCGUCCACCGAGAGCUGGGCGUGCGAUUCUCGCGCAUGCAGUCCCUCACCUUGGACCUGCUGUGUCCCUCCGAACUGUUGCUGGCCUUGAACAUCGGAAACACACGCUUCAAUGAGGUCAUGGAAGCCCAGCUGCCCUCACAUGGCGGCCCUAAACCCUCAGCUGACAGUGACAUGAGUGCCCGCAGGGACUAUAUCGUGGCCAAGUAUGUGGAGCACAGGUUUGCCCGGCGGUCCACACCGGAGCCUCAGAGACUCUGGAUGGCCAUUUGUAACCGGGACCUCCUGUCGGUCCUGGAGGCCUUCGCUAACGGGCAGGACUUCGGACAGCUGCUGCCGGGGCCGGAGGGGCAGGCACCCGGAGAGCUGGCCCUGCACUUGGCUGUCAGAGUCGCCACCCAGGCCUCCCUGCCCCUGGUGGAUUUCAUCGUUCAGAAUGGCGGUCACCUGGACGCCACAGCUGCCAAUGGGAACAGUGCCCUGCACUACGCUGCUCUCUACAACCAACCCGACUGCCUCAAGCUGCUGCUGAGAGGAAGAGCUUCCGUUGGCACAGUGAACGAUGACGGAGAGACAGCUCUGGACAUAGCCAGGAGGAAGCUGCACAAGGAGUGUGUGGAGCUGCUGGAACAGGCCCAGGCUGGGACCCUCGUCUUCCCUCUGCACGUGGACUACUCCUGGGGAAUUUCUGCAGAGCCUGCCUCUGACAGUGAGGAGGAGGAGGAAGAGAAGGGCUGCCCUCUGAAGGCCCCGGCCCCGGUCCACUGCGCCAGCGGGAGGAUGGACAUCAGCAACAAGACCUACGAGGCCCUCACCAGCCUGGGAUCUGCUGCCCCUCAGAGCCAGAGUGAGGACUGCCCCCCACCCUUGCCGGUCAAAAACCCUUCUCGGGCCAUGGUCCAGGGCCGCACGGGACAUACCAGUGGAGAUCAUUCCGAAGCCCCCAGCCUGAGCUCAGAGCCUCCUGGGGCCCCUGAGAGCCAGGGCAGUCCGACGUCCUCCACCUCUAGCCUUACCAGCCCCGUGGAACUUGGGGGUGGCACCCAAACCCCACCCAGCUCUGAAGAGGGCACCUUGGAAGCCCCGAGCACCUCCCGACCCAGCCUGACACCUGGAACCACCCCUGCGGAGACGUGCGCCCCUGUCAGGUUCAGCUCCGAGAGCACUCGCUCCUAUCGGCGGGGGGGCGCCAGAAUGGAAGAUCACUCCUCAGCCAGGCAGCCCCUACCCAGAAGGAGCAUGUCAGUUGGCUUCACUGAAGGAGGAGGCUUAAGAACCGGGGUUCUCCCAGCAAGUUCUGUGCAGCUCUUGCAAGACUAGCUCCUCGCUGGCCCCCGACGAUCAGAGCUGGGACUUGCGCCCACAAGACUGGGGAGCCGAGGUGUUCAUUUCUCUGGGUCUUGCUCUCUCUGUCCCUGUGCCCCUGAGGCUGGCCUGCCUCCCUGCCGCGGGCCCCCGCCCCUGCCGACGACACCACGUUAGGGCUGAUGGUGGUUCUUUCCCCUCUAUCUCAUUAACUGCGCCCCCGCUGGUACAGGGGGCCCUUUGGCUGGAUCUGAGUGCCCCUGAGCUUGCUUCCACUGCAGACCCUCAGCCUUCAGCCCCCCACGGGACCAAGGCUCUGCUUCCUCCUUCAGUCUGGGGGUGUCCCAAGAAUAGGGCCAGCCUGCCUUCAUCGUCCUCCAGACCAGGGACCAUCUCCUUGUCCAUUCAUCAGUGCUUUCUUCCUGAGUUCUGGCUCUAGGCCCAGACCUGUACCAGGCACUGCAGAUGCCACAUGGAUGAGACGAGGGCCCUGCAGACGUGGCCCCUCGCGGGGACGCUGGUCCCAGGGCUGAGCUAGGGAAUGGGCGGGGCAGUGGUGUGGGGGUCGGGGCCGGCCGACGCGACACGGCAGCUGUCCACAGCCCGUAUGCACUCUGGCCGGUCCGUGUCCGGGCCGCCCUCACUGCCUGUUAACUAAACAUUCUGAGUGUCACUCCUUGUCAGGGACAGGACAGCCCUCCUGGGACCCCUGCCGUAUUCCCAGCCAGGAAGCAGAGUAGGACUCGCCCCCGUUGCCGGGUCUCCUUGACUUAGCAGGAUGCGUCCUGGGCGAUGGCUUCUCGCUUCUCUCCGCUUUCUCUUGGUUGACUCGGGAGCCUUCCAGUCUCGGGAAGGAAGGGUCAGGACAGGUGACAGGACACUGACAGGAAUGGGAGGGCGGAGACGAAACGGUUCUGCUUCCCAGUGCCGGGAGUUCCACCCAGGCCUUCAGCCACCUAUUAGAAAACAGGCCCACGAAGCCCUCAUCAGGGUCUAACUCCCUCGCUUUACAGCGGCCGAUGGGCCUGGCCAUGGAGGGGAGGCCGGGGGGUGGCAGUGGCCAGCACUGUGGCGGGCCGUUUGCCCUGGACGUUCUGGCUCUAGGUCCGAGGUCCGAGGCCAGGUCAAAGGUCUAGGUCCGAGGUCUAGGUCCGAGGUCUAGGUCAAAGGUCCGAGGUCCAAAGGUCCAAGGCAAAGGUCCGAGCGCAGACCGACUGCUCUGCGCUCCCCGGUGGCAGAGCUGUCUUCCGGCCCCCGGGGCCCACACUUGUUCUUCCAUUCAUCUCUAAUAAAAAAAAAAAAAUGUC